AACAUAUUUUAAUAAAAAUUUAAAUACUAAAAAAUUAAAACUAAAAACACACAGAAAACAUAUAACUUAAUAUUAUUCAAAAAAUAUUAAUCAUAUUUUAUACUCAAUUAUUAAUUUUAAUAAAUAAUUUUUUUAUAAUUUUUAUUACAUAUCAAUAUAAAAAAAAUUUAGUUGAGAGGUUUUAACGUUAAAACCCCAUAAAUCUUCUAUCUUUUACUAUAUUAUAUUAAAAUAAAUAUAAACUCAUGUAUAUAGUUUUAUGUAUAUUUUUAUGUAUAUAUAAAUGUUUUGAGGAUUAUUUUACAUAAUAAUAGAUAUUUUAUUAAAAUAAAAAACUUUAGCGCAUAUAGAAAAUUUAAUAUUAAAUUAAUUAUUAAAUAUUUAAAAAACAUGAAAAUAACUUAUUCAAAUUUUUUGAAUUGAUAAUAUAUUUCUUUAUAAAAUUUUAUAAAAUUAUUAAGCCCGCAAGUGCGGGCAAAACACCUAGUAUACUUAAAAUGUUACUAAACAAUUUAUAAAUAAAAUAAAAUCAAUUUCGAGGGGCGCUCAGAUCAAGUCCUAAUAUAGCUCAGGACGGAUAAAGUUCAACAACAUAAGGAAAAAAAUUAAUAAUACUUUUGUGUAAUAAUUAAAUGCUCCACUAUAGAGCUGAUCGAUGUUUCCAUUUUCUAACUGAACUCAGAAACCUUUAUAUCCUACUUGCGAUUUUUUUUUGUCGUCUCCUACUUGCAAUCUAUCGCCCUUCUGGAAGUUUUUAUUGUCAAAUGUUUGGACAGCUGAUACAAGUAUGAACAAAGAUCAAACAGAAAUUCUUUUGUGUAAUAAUUAAAAGUUAUGGCAAAUUUACUACUUCCUCCGUUUCACAAAAAUAAAAUUUUUAGUUUUUUUACACAUAUUAAAAAAACAUUAAAUCAUUAUAAUAAAUGUUUCGUUUUUUGCAAUUUUCAAAUUUUAACAUUUUUAACCAAUAGUAAUUCAAUAAGAUUAAUUAAUUUUUUUGAAGUUUACAAUUUUUGCAUAGAAAACACAAAAUAUAUAUUUUUGUGAAAUAUUUUUUUGAAAAGGAUGGAGUAAUAAUUUUAUGUAAUAAUUAAAAGCUCAAAUUUAGAAAUGAUCGAUGUUUCCCAUAAUCCCAUUUUCUAACUGAACUGAUGAGAAACCUUUACAUCCUACUUGUGAUUCUAUCGCAGAAGUUUUUUUUGUUUUCGUCAAAGUGUUUGGACAGCUGAUACAAGUAUGAACAAAGAUCAAAUGGAAAUUCUGGUGUGAUAUUAUGUCCAGAUUGUAAUUGGAUGUAGAGAAAAGCAAUCAAACAUUGUAUUCAACAAUAGUAUUGAGUCUAUUGACCUUUACUUUGCCAUAACUUUUAACUUAAUGGUGUAAUAAAUCGUAAAUACUAAAAAAUUGAGUUGAACAAAAUGAUAUUUCCUCCAUUUCACAAAAAUAGAUUUUUUAUAUUUUUCACACAUAUGAAAAAAACACAUUAAAUCACUAUAAUAAAUGUAUCAUUUUCUAUAAUUUUCAAUUUUCAACAUCUUUUAACCAAUAAUAAUUCAAUAAGAUUAAUUAAUUUUCUUGAAAUUUACAAUUUUUGCAUAGAAAACACAAAAUAUAUAUCUUUGUGAAAUAAUUCUUUUUCCAAAACAUCUAUUUUUUUGAAAAGGAAAGAGUAAUUCUCAAUGAUCUAACAUUAAGAUUUGUAACUAUUAUAUUCUUUAGUAUCUGAGGAAUCAAAACUAUGAUAUCUAAAACCGAUUAAUGAAAUAUGUAGAAAACCGAUAAAAUUUAGAAAAACCGAGUAUUAUUGCUGUUCGAGAUGCAUUGGUUAACCAAUGUAUAGGUGAACUGCGGUAAAAAUAUUAGAACUUCAAUCCCUAUGAUAAUUUUGAGAAAGACUUGGGUUCACCCCUAUGGUGAACCUUUAAGUUCACCAACUAAUCAAAAAUUAGCAUAUUGCAUGUAGUCUUUUUCGUAAAAGGAAACAAAAUAUUUCGAAUUUACUUCUUAAAAUAAAUAGAUAAAAAAAUAUAUAUAUAUUAGUAGCUGUAAAAAAACAUUUUUUCUAAAAGUUGUUAAAUCCACACUAAAUCUUAAACCCUAAAUCAUAGACACUAAACCUAAACCUUAAACACUAAACCCUAAACUCUUAGAUAAACUAUAAACCCUUGUGUAAAUCAUAAAUUCUUAGAUAAACCCUAAAAACUAAACUCUAAAAGUUAAGGUAAACCCUAAACCCUUGGGUAAAUCUGAAAUCCUUGGGUAAAUCUUAAUCCUUGGGAAAAUUUUAAAUCAUUGAAUAAAAUCUUAAUUUAGGGUUUUACCCAAAGGGAGAGAGAGAGAAAGAGUCAGAGGGAGAGGGAGACGGGGAGAGAGAGAGAGAUAUAGAGAGAGAGAUAGAUGAAUCUAUACUAUAUGUUUAUGAUAGUAUAUAAUUAAAAUCGCGUUAAUGAAAUAUCUUAUAAAAUUUAUAAAAUAUAAAUCUGUUUUGAAAGUUUCAAAACAUUUUAUGUGAAGAAAAAAAUCUAUGUUUUUAAUAUGUAAAAUACAAAGGUUAAUAAGUGUUAUAUCAGAAGUUGAAAUCAAUUAAAAAGAGAAGGGAGAAACAUAUUUGUAAGAAGAAGAAAAAUCAAAAAAAAAUGUUCAAGUAAAUGUGGUAAAAGGUAAUAUGGCAAUUAUUACACAAAUAUCAUAGCUUAAGAGUUGUUAUGUGUAGAGAAUUAAUUUUGUUGUUGGUUAUGUAUAUGUGUGCCAAUUUCCCUAAAGCAAACAAAAAGCAACUAAUAAAAUUAGUCUGAUUUAGCCUACUUAGAAUAUAAAAUAAAACAAUUACAGUUCAAUUUAAAAGAGGAAAAUGCAAUCUAAUACCCAAAAAUAAUCGAACCAGUCAGAUUUAUUAUAAACAAAAUCACAUGUCAAUAUAAAAUAUUUUAUUUAUUUUUAUGCAUAAAAGGUAUAAAACACUUAUAACUUAUACACAAAAGUAAGGAAAAUGUUGAUCAACUAUUAUGAUUUUUGAAGUUUAAUAUUUAUAUAUGUGCAUGUGCACGGGAGAGUCACCUAGUAUAUUUCUAUGUAAUGACUAAAUUUAGAUUUUAGUUUACAUUGCUAUUCUUGAUCAGAAAGUAACUUUUCUGAUCUUAUUAACAUUUUCUAUUCUCUACUUUUAUGUCAGUAGAUUUAUCAUCGGAAAUAUAGUUUAAAAAGUAGAUAUCAUCCCAUAUUACUUAUCAAAAUUGUCAUCAUUCUUAUCUCCUAUGUGAAAUGUGUAAUAAAUUAAAUAGUUUAUUUCAACAUUAGUUGGGUAAAGAUUUUGUUUUAUUUAUUUUCAGACAAACAGAUAUAUCAACUAUAUGGUAAUGGCAUAUAGUUUAGCAAGGAUAUUACCAUACCCAUAAAUAAAUAUUAUUUGUAUAAAUUUUGUAUAAUUAUGUUAAAUACAUAUCAUUUCUUAGUUAAAGUUGUUUUAGCACUACAUGUAAUUUAUUUUUUAUUGGGGGGGGGGGGGGGAGAGUUAAAACCGAAAAUAAAACUGAAAAAAUAUAUGUGUAUUAAAUAUAUAUCUAUCUUUUUCGGAAAAAAAAUAUUUAUUGAGGAUUGUCUUUGUUUGUCAGAUUAUUGUUUUGAAUUUUCAAUGCAGAGUUUAAACAAAACUUCAGUUUUAAUCUUACUUAUUUUAAAAUGGUUAAAUUUAAAUAAUUAAAUUUGAAAUCUAAAAGAUAUGUGUAUCACUAAUAGAAUUCCAUAUUGUCAUUGUCCUCUCUCAAUUUUUCUGAAGCGCUUCUUCAUAUCGAGAUGAUUCUCGUCUUUUCUGUUCUCUCUCUCUCAUGCUUUGGCUAUUUUGGAAUUUUAUUUUUGGAAGAUACUCAUGAAACAAAGACGAUGCAGGUGUUUUAAGUAUGUAUAGGGACAUUCAUCGUUCUCUCUCUAGCUCCAACUUGUCAAUAAAAGUUUCAAAAAAGAAAUUGAGCUCUGGGGCCGGUGGCCUUAGUGCCAUCGGUCGCCAUCUCUUUUGUUUUUUGUUUCUUCGACUUAUGGUCGGUUUCAUUUUUGGCCUGGUCCGACUGUAAAUUCAUAUAUUCGGACUUUUAUUUUAUUGUUUAUUGUAUAUUUCUGUAAAUCUUCUUUACUCUGUUCAUAAAGUUUAGCACUGAAAGAUUGAAGGUGUUCUAUCUUUACCAGCCACUUGUUCCAUCUUUCAAGUGUGUGUAAAUCCUUGUUUUGUCAUAUAGAUUGACCAUUUGAGCAUAUAGGUUCUCCUUGGGUGAAGGUUCAAGACGAUGCUGUUGAUCGGAGCAGAGUACGGCGAUUAGGAGCUUUUCGUCGCGUUAUGAUGAGCCAAUCAGUGGAGGACUCAACUACCGUUGAAAUCGUAUGCCUUUAAGCUUCUUUUGGUCAUCAUCAGCAAGGAGACUAGCUUUGUACAUCUUCGACUAAAGGAAUCUUUGGAGUUUCCUAAGCGUAAACAUCAACACUUUUAAAAUCAAUACUAUUAAAAGAGAAGGAGUUUUAAUAAAUCUAGUUAAAAAAGUUGUUUGGACCCUUUUAUUAACUAAUAAUAUUUUGGUCUUUCUUUGAUUUGGACAAACAAUAUGUUACCUUAAAUUUAUCUAACAAUCAUUUAGUCAAAGCUUUCAUUUAUUGGACCCAUAUAUUUUUGUAAACGAAAAGAUUAUACCAUAUAUAUACUACCACAUAAAUUUGGUUCACGAAAAUAUAAUAUCACAUACACUUUAUUAUACUCUUCUCUAAAUAUGUCUCAUUAACUUCAUAAUUAAGAUAAGUUUAAAAAUUAUAUAUUAUGUUAAUUUUAUUUUAUUGAUAAAUAACAAUUUAAUAUUUAAGAUAAGCUUAAAUUAUCAAAAACCAAACAAAUCUUUUUUUACUGCUCAACAAAAAACCUACAAAUCUAUACUAUUAAAUUAGUCAAAAACCUCUCAAGUAAAUCUUAAGUUUCACCAACUGAACAAAUGUAACUUUUAUAAAAUGCACAAAAAUAUAAUGAAAUGUUAGAUUUGGUCAUUCGGAUCUUCGGGUCAAAUAUAAAUCGGUUUCUUUCAGAUCCAAGUUCUUUGGGUCUUGGGCAUUUAUAUCCAACUAGGUAUUUGAAUGAUUUUUGUUAAGAUCGGUUCUUUUUAGUUUCAGGUCAGUUUGAGUCAAUAAUUCAAGUAUCUAUAAAAUUUACUAUGUAAUUUGGCUACGUAAUGAGUCUAGCUCGGUUCGAGUAUUUCACACAAAAAGAUUUAAAGAAUCUGAAAAGUCAAAAAAUCAAAACAUGAAAAAUACCCAAAAAAAAUAAUACCAGAAAUAACUAAAUAUCUAAAAGACCAAAAUCUUACCCACAAACCAAAAAUAUCCAAUAUUUUAAAUAUAUUUUAAAAUUUUACCCAAAACCUGAAACUAUAACAGAUUUCUGUGAAUCCAAAUUUUACAAUAAUAUUUUUAUACUGAAAACAUAUAUGAAUUACUCAAAAAUACAUAAUAUGAACAAAAUAUUAUGGGUACUUUAGGUACCCGACAGAGACCCACAUAUCCAAAAAAAUCUAAUAGGUAACUUUUUCCCAAUCCCGAACCUCAACAUGUAUUUCAUAUUGGUUAGGUUCGUUUAUCAAAUUUAGGUAAAAUGUUCAUACUUAAGAAAGAUUUACAUAAGAGUGGAUAUAAAAAAAUCCCGAAUAAACUUAUACAUAAGUUAUAUAAUUUUAAACAAAUUUAUGUAUUCGAUAUAAUACGACUUUAUAACAUAAUAAUACACAAUAUACUCAAAACACUAUCACAUUUUUAACUUCGUAUAUAACCUAUAAAAUCCGCGCUUUCGAAGCGCGAAUCAAAAUCUAGUAUCAAUCAUUAAAUCAAACCACCGGAGAAGAAGACUCAUGGAAAGUCAAGAUCGGUUCCGACAAGGUCAAAGGCGGAGGAGACUUCUAGAGUCCUUUUGCAAACCACUUUUAUGCAACACGUGGAUUCCAUUAAUUUUGUUGAUCUUAUUAAAAUGUUUGCAUGUGGUUUAGCUAAACCAUCUUCUACCAAUAUCAAAUCAUACCCUUAAAGGGUUUUAAUGAAGGAGAAUUGCACUGUAUGACGUCCAAUAACCGCAUAAUUCACUCGAUGGCUAAUUUCCCUAACUCACCAAUAUAUGACUCACCUUUUAUAAAAUAUUACCAUAUUGCCCUCUUUAUUAACCGGGAGUAACGGACAAAAAAUAAAGAUUAACUAAAAAAAAUAACUGUUCACGCAACUGUCGUGGCGCAUCGUUAACCCACAUAAUCCUUUUUUACUUUACCAUACCUUUCUCUGUAAACUAAGCACUAUUUUUCUCUUUCAUCACCACCGCAAAUUCACGCCGUGUUUUGCCAGACUUUAAACUGCUCGUCACCGCGAUAUUACUUCACGGACCGACGAAUCGGAACACGGAAGGCAUUCUACAGUUCUUUUUCCAGCAAGAAAGCAUUCGGUACUCUUGUGAGUUCGAAUUUACUUUUCUAUUUUCUUGAAAUUUCCAGUUACUCCGACCGGAAUUGAGUCUUGUUGUCCGUUUCUUUGUUCUUUUCAACUAUACGAGAGCUUUAAUUGUCUAUUUCUUUUCUGUACUGUAUCGAUUUACUGGUCUUUGCACGUGGUAGUAAAUUUUGCAGAUAGAAACAAAAAUCGAGUCAGUGCCUUUGUUUGGAAUGUUGUAACUGUGAUUUCUGUGUGGUCGCUUUCGGAUAUCUGUUUGUUUGGUUUUCAACCGUCAUUAUCUAAACACGAAAAUAGGAUUUUGAAUAUUUAAGUGGUUUUAUUGUUCAAUCCGGGACUUAGGAUAUUUCAUAAAUCUGACCAUACUAGACUAUUUCCGUUUUUCAAUUGUAAUAUAGUAUGUGAAUAAUAUAGUGAUGCUGUAUGCUAUUCCAUUUACUGUGAAUCUCUUUUUUAUGUGUGGUAUUGUUUUCAUUCUAUACAGUAUGUUAUUGCCAUCUCGGUAGGGAUAGAUAUUCAGUAUCAGAUAGACACGGAAAUCAAUACUAGAAUGAGGAUUAUGAAACCCAUUUCACUGUCUAUCGUUUUCAUUUUUUGGGUUUCUUUGUUUGGAUCCGUAAUUAUCUGUACAAUAUAUGACUAUAUGACUAUCUUGAAUUGUAAUUAAUUUUUGUUAGGUUUGCAGAAUCGUCUACUUCAUAUUUGUGCACAUAGUAGACCAUCUCAGUCACUGGAAUUGCAUUCUAUAUGUAUAUGGAAUAGUAUUGCAAGUAGCUACUCUAUUUACUGUCUCCGUCACUCUUACGGGUUGCAUUGUUUUCAUGCUUGGCAGUGCCCAAAUGGACGAAUUAGGUAUUCCUCUGAGAAUAUUUGAGGCGGGUUCAGAACCAUCAGGGCGGAAACGGGUUAAUAACUACUUCAACCUACGGUGGAUUGACAUCAUAAAGAGUGCACUAGAGGAAGAAGACUUGGAAAUGUUGAAUGAGUCGCAGUUCCGGAGAGUUUUGCAGAUGGGUUCGCAUACUUUUUCAGUAAUGUUCCUCCAUUACUGCCUCUCACGCCAGUUGGUAACUGCAAAAGAGUAUGAACUUUGGUGGAUCUUCGUUGGGAAGCCGAUACGCUAGGCCAUACAAGACUUUGCUAUGGUCACCGGACUGAACUGUGGCGACGGGGUUGGAUUAACUGGAGAACCCCCCGAGAAAGGUAUCGGGCGAGGGAAGGCGUCCGGUAAAGGAAAAUCAUCUAUGUCAAUAUGGGAUGAUUUAUAUCGUGGGGAGGAGAAGCCCACACCUGGAUGGAUCAUGGAGCGGCUUGUGAGAGGUAAAAAAUACAAGGAUCGGCUAACCCGUUUGCGGCUUUCGUUGUUGGUAUUGGUGGAAGGAAUUCUGUGUCCAACUUGUGGGACAACAAAAAUCAGAGCCGAAAUAGUGAGCAUGCUUGGUGAUCUUGACGCUUUCCUGAAGUAUCCAUGGGGCAGGGAGUCAUUUUUACUGACGGUUAGAAGUACAAAAGCAAGAUCUGCAGUUAAUUAUGUGAAGGAUACAAUGGCCAUUCAAGGAUUUACCCAUGCUAUGGUAUUGGUUACUGUGACUGCAUGUCCUUCUAUCAUUAUUAAGACUGGCGGUGCGGAUCCUCUAGCAGAUUCCAGCUUGUCCAGCGAAGAGAUUAUCAGGAGAGUUGUUGAUAGAAAGGUGGUAGUCAACAUUGUCUCGGCCAAGACGGUUGAUCAACUGGGACAGGCAUAUGUACGGUCUUUGAUUAGCACAGAUGAAGUGGGGGAGGAUCUUUAUCGUGGGUUGGGAGAUAAGGAAGAUACGAGUGUUGAUACCAUGGUUGCUUUGAUUGACGAUGAUUUUCCAUUUGAGCAUAACACUUGGUCAGGUGGUGUGAAAGCGGAUGAUGUUAAACUGAAGAAGGGUCAUGCACAAACUUCGGAGUCAAGUGAUGAAAAUGUUCCAGAACCGGUUGAAAAGGAUAAUGCUCAUCAUGGUGGCGUAGAGAGUGGUGGUUACCCUGGAGAUCCGAGAGGGCAAUCAUCAGCUAACCCCUCGGGUGCCCCGCAUGGUGGUGAGAGUUUCCAUGUUGAUGUCGAAACAUUACUUAGGCGUGCAGCUGACGUAUACGAGGAUAAGGUAAUUGCAAUGUUUGAGGGCUAUAUUCUGAGUUUGAAGGGCCAUUUUAAUUCUGAAGUGGGAGGCCUUCGAACCGACUUACAAGCAGCUACAUCCGCGAUUGCCCAUUUGGAAACUAAGGUCACAGGGGAGGUUGAUAAGAUCAAUCAGUUACUGAAGUCCAGGCUUAGAGGUGCGGAUAUGGGAGCAACGUAUGGGUUCAGUCUUGGGAGACAUUCGUCACCAUUCCCAGGUCAGAAUGAUGAUUUCAACUAUACAGAGGUUAAUCCCGAUCGACCCACUACACAUACUGGUGCUCCCGAGGUAAAUCUCAAUACAAUGAAAUUAUUCUUCUAUAGUAUGUCAUUCCAUAAUCUCACCAGACUAUUCCAUAUCUUAUUACUUGUUUGUAUUAUUCUCCAGUCAACACAGUGAGAUGGAGAGGAUGUUGCUACAACAGGGACCGCCUCGGUUGGUUUGGGACAUAAUCUGGAUGAAGGAGAAAGGGGUGGAGGACAAUCUCCGGGUAAACAGACCGACUGAACUGAUGGAGCCGAAUUUAGAGCUGAGACAGGGGGCGAGCAUGGGGGAGAUGCUGACAUUGGACAUGACCCCAUAAACGUGGAAGUUUGUCCUUUAAAUUAUGUUGUGUUUUAUACCAUUCUAUGCAGUUGAUGCCAGUAGAUCCUUUCCAUAUUGAUAUUUGUCACUGACAUUUCCAUACUAUUUUAAUUUAGAAUCCCUCGCCUUCGGUAAACGUCGCAUCCCCUGACAAUUCUGAUGCCGUCAAUCCUCCAUCUCGAGUUGAUGUGGUAAGAAUGAGUAGAAACCUGAUAAGCAGUAAAAUUGUCGGCUUUGUCUUAAUAUUAUAAUAAUGUAUAUUGGCUCAGUAAAUUGACAAAUGUGGUUAAUCUAUCUAGGACCAAGUGAAUGUAUCAUCGGAACGCCGCGUUGAUGACCCAGUGUCUGGCGUCGUUAAUAAAAUUCUAUCAGAAGCGGGCAUUGAUAAAGUAAGUUGUCUAUACUAUAUUUGCAUAUAUAAAUCUAUAUAACUACUCCAUUUUUCAAUGGGUUCCAUUCUAUGUGCUUUACAUUGCCAGAACCCGGUCCGACCCUCCACUGGUUCUGGAACUGAUGUAUCUCAGACAUCAUCAGAUGUCAAUCCGGAGAAAGUGGGUCUUGAUGGUGUGCAUGAC